AUGGUCUCUCUCUCCAUAACAGAGACAGUGAAGGAGUGCAAAGGGGGCCGAGAGUUCUGGAGCUGCGAGUCGUCCACCAAAGAGUGUCAGAGAUUGUGCGAAAAUAAACAAUUAAGGAGAGCCAAGUCCAAGGCAUGUAAUAAGGCCUGUCAUCUGUCAUGUGUUUGUAUCCCUGGAUUCCUUCGGGAGGGCGAGGAUGGAGAGUGUAUUCCUGAGGCUGAGUGUCCUAACGCCUGAUUAUUAUGUCUUUUCAUUUGUCAUUUUUUUAAUUCAGA